UUAUUAAUUUAACAAAUUUGUGUUUCAUAUUGCUAGGGUGAUAAAAUUCAAGCAACAGUGCGAAAAACUCUUAUUCCUCGAUUUGAGACUACUAUUCGUGAGGGAGUUGUGUACAACUUUCGUUCUCUCGGUGUUGUGUCUAACUCUGGAGCAUAUAGAACAACCGGACAUCAAUUCAAAUUGAAUUUGCAAAAUAGUACAAUGGUCCGAGAAUUAGAAACCAGUUUGGUCACAGCCUCUCCGUACUCAUUGAUUUCAUUCCCAGAAAUUCGAAAUGUUGACAUGGAUUACUUGAUUGAUGUCAUGGGAAUUUUAGUUGGAGUGGGACAAGACAGAGUUUAUGAAAGGAACGGUGUCACUACAAAAUUUAAAGUUAUUGAGUUAGAGUCAGAUGGUAUAAGGAUUGAAUGUGCACUGUUUGGAUCCUAUGUUGAUGAACUGGAUGCAUAUUUGCAAUCCGGUUAUAAUCAAAAUGUUGUUGUACUUGCUCAGUUUCUAAAAGUGAAGAUGUUUAAUGGUAAAAGCCAACUACAAAAUGCAAUGAACUGUACUAAGCUUUUAUUCAACCCUGAAAUUCCUGAGUCAGUUUCUUUCAAACUCAAACACUCGCAUAACUUUGACUCGCCAACUCAACCAUUAACUCAUAAGAAGGAUACUUCUCAUUUGAGUUUAGAAGAAGAAUUUUUAAGUCUUUUCCAACGCAUGACUAUAGAGGAACUUAAGGAUUGUCAAAAUGACAUGGUUUGUGUUGUCUUUGGUACAGUUAAACAUAUUCUUGGUGAAGGGGAUUGGUGGUAUGGAGCAUGUGUAUGCAACAAAGGAGUUGUUAUUGAAUCUAAAAGGUUUUUUUGCUCAAAAUGUAAAAAAUAUGUAUGGACAAUUGUGCCCAGGUACCGUAUCAAGGUUAGAGUCGUUGAUGAUACUGAUUCUGCUACCUUUGUCAUAUUUGAUCAUGACGGAAUUUCGCUAACAAACAAAUCAUGUCUAAAUUUGCUUCAUGAAAUGGAUCAAGAUCCACAAUCUGACACCGUGCCAAAAGAAAUUGGAGAUUUGGUUGAAAAACAAUUCCUAUUUAAGAUAGAGGCAAAAAAUGAUGUGAACUCAAAUUUUGAAAAAUCAUUUCGAGUCAAAAAACUUUGUGGUGACUUGGAUAUUAUAAAAAAAUUCAAAUAUGUUGCUGUUGAAAAGGUUGAUGCUGGUCUUGAUAACGACAUAGAAGGUGGUGUAACGAAUGAUUUGAAUAAUAAGUUUGAAGAAGAAGCUACUGAUGACAAAUAUCAAGUCCCAAACUCUGUCCAUGUACCCAUACCAGUUGAAUAUGAUUCUGAUGAUUGUACCCCUCUUAAAAGGGGAUUCAUAGAAGUCGCUGAUGAUAAUGAUGGAGUCAAUUCAAAGAAUGUGAAAAAUGUCAAAAUUGAGAAGGAGUGAUAAUCAAGUUUCUUAUAAACAUAAUACUUUAGUUAUUUUGUUUUGAAUUAACUUAUGGUAGCAUUUGUUUUGGCUAAAAUUUGUUAGUUUUGCAAUGUUAUAUUCACACAUUAAGUUUCUAUCAAUUUUCAUUUAUUGUUAUACAUUUCUUGCAAUGUUAUAUUCACGUAUC